AUGGUGGUGCGCGCUCUUCGCUCUCUGCAGUCCAGCGACUCCUUCAUGUCUAGAUUUCCUGCUUUUGGUGGAACCGAAGUCAAAGUCAACGAAAGGCACGACAUAGUGAUGCGUCCAACUACCGAGGACAACUGGCUGAAGGUGUCGGGAAGUGCCUUCAAACUCACUCGAGGCAGAGCUUUGCACCACGGCACAUUGCUCGUUGCAUCGCCCUACCUUUCUCAGAUCUCCCCUCUACUCAACAGCCUUUAUAAGGAUAAUUUCACCCUGAAAGGUGUUAGCUCCGUCCGGUCUCCCGUCGGCAACCUUUUCUCCGGCGAGUGUUCGGAGCCUGGGCGUGACGAGCUCAGCCAAGCAGUCCAGCAGGCCAUCAUCUCGGAAUUCAGCGAGCUAUAUGCUGCGGGUGGUGGGAUCGAGGCCAUGCAAUUGUCCGAUCAAGACUGCCACGAGUCUGAGAAUGCAUCUAUCGCCCAAGGCGUCAAAGAACUGCAAUCUGACGAAUGGAGAUUCUGCCAGACUCCACGAUUCAGCUUCCGAUGCCCGUCCGGCGACUCCAGAUUCGCGGGAUUCGAAGUCAACCGAGGAUAUAUCGAGCGCAUCUCCCUUGACUACGAUGAUGAUAACGACCCGGUUAGCAUCGACGUGAGUGACGUCUCAGGCUUGGGCAAGAUCUACUUGCAUGAUUUAUGGGGGCCAAUAGACAUGGUGCUACCAGAUCUCGCGAAGGCAUACAGCGAUGCAAAGAACGAGCCAGACUAUGAAAAGCUCAGCGACAAGGAGCUUGACCAUCACGGACCGUACUGGAGAUCCUUCCUCGAGGCAUUGAUGACAUCUGAGGAAGAUAGAGGUAAGCUAGACGACUGCUUCCCAGAUUGGAGCAGCAGGAAAUGGCGCAUCGGCGUGAUCUGA